AAGUAACCUUACAUUUAUCACUUACCAGAACUUACUACUUCUGUGCUUACUACUUACGUGAAAAUUGUCAAUUAUGGUUUUAGCUACUAAAAAUCAAAUAGUGGAUAUAGGAAAGGUCCUGAAUGACCCUAAAAGACCAUUAAAAGAAAGGUUUCGAGCUUUAUUCACCUUGCGAAAUCUAGGCGGAAAUGACUCUAUUGGAUGUAUAGAAAAAUGUUUUUCUGAUGAAUCAGUUUUAUUGAAACAUGAACUGGCAUAUUGUUUAGGACAAAUGCAGGACGAGAAUGCCAAUCCAAUAUUGGUUAAAGUUUUAGAAGAUGUUACACAGGAACCUAUGGUUCGACAUGAAGCUGCUGAAGCCCUAGGAGCCAUUGGCAGUCCUCAGAGUAUAGAUAUUCUUGAGAAGUACAAAAACGAUGAAGUAGUUGAGGUAGCGGAAACAUGUCAACUUGCUUUAGAAAGAAUAAAAUGGCUUGAGAAAAACAAUGACCAGAGCAAUUCAGAAAAUCCUUAUAAUUCUGUAGAUCCAGCACCUCCCACUGAAAUUAAAAAUGUUGACGAGCUAAAAGAUAUAUUAUUUGAUGAAAAUAGUACCCUUUUUGAAAGGUACAGAGCUAUGUUUUCAUUGAGAAAUCUGAAAUCUAUAGAAGCAGUUGAAGCAUUAGGGGCGGCUUUGAAGUCUGGAAGUGCUCUUUUUAGGCAUGAAGUAGCAUUUGUUUUAGGACAGCUCCAGGAUGAACACAGUAUACCUUAUCUGAAAGAAUCUUUGGAAGAUGAAGCUGAAAAUGAAAUGGUUCGACAUGAAUGUGCAGAAGCAUUAGGAGCAAUUGCUAAUGAGGAAUGUACUAGGAUUCUGAACAGUUUAAGCACUCAUAACUAG